AUGACAAAUCCCACAAAAGAAUCAUCACACCUGCGUAAGCAGGACCUAGCUACCCUCGAUGUGAGCAAACUUACGUCGCUUUCGCCUGAGGUCAUCAGCCGGCAAGCUACGAUAAACAUCGGCACCAUCGGACACGUCGCACAUGGGAAGUCUACCGUGGUACAUGCCCUCUCCGGGGUGCAUACCGUACGAUUUAAACACGAAAAGGAACGUAAUAUUACCAUUAAGCUUGGUUACGCUAACGCCAAAAUCUAUAAGUGUACCAACCCAGAGUGCCCACCUCCGGAUUGCUAUAAGUCCUACGGAAGCUCGAAAGAAGAUGACCCACCAUGUCCUAGACCAGGUUGUGGCCACAAAAUGGAGUUGAAACGUCAUGUAUCUUUCGUUGAUUGUCCUGGGCACGAUAUUCUCAUGGCUACUAUGCUUAACGGAGCAGCAGUGAUGGAUGCCGCACUGCUGCUAAUUGCAGGUAAUGAGCCUUGCCCACAGCCUCAGACAUCGGAACAUCUUGCCGCUGUUGAGAUUAUGAGGUUGAAGAAUAUCAUUAUUCUUCAAAACAAGGUAGAACUUAUCAAGGAGUCACAGGCCAUACAACGUCAAGAAGAGAUUAAACGUUUCGUAUCGGGUACUGCAGCAGAUAAUGCCCCUAUUAUUCCAAUAAGUGCUGUGUUAAACUACAAUAUCGAUGUGAUUUGUGAGUAUCUGGUAACUCAAGUUGCGGUGCCAAAGAGAGACUUCAUGCUGCCACCGCAAAUGAUCGUCAUUCGUUCAUUUGAUGUUAACAAACCUGGUGAAGAAGUAGAGAAUUUACAAGGAGGUGUUGCUGGAGGUAGCAUUCUCCACGGAGUGCUUCGUGUCGGUGACCAAAUUGAGAUUCGGCCCGGCAUUAUUUCCAAGGACGCAAAUGGAAAUAUUCAAUGUAAACCGAUUAUUUCGAAGAUCGUGUCGUUGUUCGCGGAGCAGAACGAGUUGCAAUUUGCUGUACCAGGAGGACUGGUCGGUGUAGGCACAGCCAUGGAUCCCACCCUGACGAGGGCCGACAGGCUUGUCGGUCAGGUUAUUGGUCACGCUGGACAGUUACCAGAUUGUUUUGCUGAAAUUGAGGUUUCUUACUAUCUUUUAAGGCGUUUAUUGGGUAUAAAGGCACCGGAUGGCGACAAGAGCACAAAAGUUUCUAAACUGAAAAAAGGUGAAUUCCUCAUGAUUAACAUCGGUUCCACUUCUGUUGGAGGUCGUGUUAGUGGUAUUAAGCCAGAUAUGGCUAAGUUUGAGCUUACAGGUCCUGUUUGCACACGUGUUGGUGACAAGGUUGCACUAAGCCGUAGGGUAGACAAGCAUUGGAGGCUGAUUGGUUGGGGUCAAAUCAACAAGGUUAUGGAAUAUUCAUGCUGCUCUUUUGUCCUGGAGUACUCCGCGCUGCGGAUGUCAUACAUCAUGAUUAAUUUUCUGAUGUUGCGCAAACUUAAAUCGCACACCCACGAUCUCGUGGACGAUGCGGUGUCGGAGGCCAUACGGCGUGAGCUUCGUAACCACGAUGGUGUCAUCACUAAAGGGAUCGCUGUAUUGUUGUUUGCGCAAUGUAGUAUCCUUUUGAAGGAGGUGCGUUCAGUAUGCAAGAAGGCCGUGCAGGCGCCCACCAACGUGGAGCCUAAAGUGGUUACGCUUCCUCGUAGUAGAUCAGGAGCUCGACACGUGGCCACUACGUCUGAUGUCGUGGAUAGUGUAUCAUUGUGGAAUAUGGGCGAGAAGAAGUGUUUAACUGAUAAGAAGUUUCGGCUUGAUGGUGUGGACAUUCAUAUGAAGACGCCGAAUGCGCAUGAAGGUUUUGCGUAUAACAAGAUCAUCAUGGGUGUUGGUAUAUACAGCCAAUAUGAGUUUGAUGAGAACCACAAUAUUAGGAAGCAGUUGACACAUGUGGUUAAAUGGAGUAAGCCGGGUGUCGGUACUAGUUUGGUGGACGACUUGCCUGUACCUAAAGUUACUCCAAUGAGGUCUGCAUAUAAAGGGUACCUGCACGACCUUAACGAUCUUGGGGAUAGCCAUGAUACACCUCCGUUAAGGAGGAUCAAGCGUGCCGCACUUGAAAUAUUCGACCAUUCUGUCAUUAUCACCACUGACCACUACGUAUCGAAACAUCGCUGCGGGAAUCCUGUAAAGGGAGCUCCUCUGGAUUUAGAACAGCGCACUCUCCACAGGUCACGUCCCGUAACUGUCAACGAUGUCGAGAAAUGCACAUCACAAGAUAUAAGGGAAAGAUUGGUGAACGAAUGCGAGUUGAAAUAUGUAGGUGAAGUCGAUUGA